GAACUGGCUAUCCCUUGCACCUCUGGACUGAGUACAGAAAAAGUGUCAUUUUAGAAAAAAGAUUCAGCGUAACACUACCAGCAGGAGCAGCACGGCUGUUGCUGCUGCUGUCUUGCUCUGUUUCAAACCUGCUGGUGAAGCCAACCUUCUUUAAGAUCAUGAAGCUCCUUCAUUUCCUUCUCUCUGCCCUCUUGAUUAUGGUGCUGCCUUCUCCAGGAUCUGCCACCGCUCCAAGCUCCGAUCUUGAAUGUCAGCAGCAAAAAGGCCUGUGUUUUCCUGGCCGUUGUAGCCGCCCAUGGAGAUCCAUAGGGACGUGCAAUGUGGUAUUGCACCAUUGUUGCAAGAGGAAAGAACGCAGAAAUAAAUAAUUACCCGGAAGACGUAUCAUCACGUGAUCCUCUGGAACCAUUGGACAGCGCCAAUAUCGAAGUAAGCAUCAUCCUGUCUCACAAACAAAAGAGACACCUUGCUUCGAAGAUACAAAAAGAAACAGCUUUUUCACUUCCAGUAAGAUCAAGUUUCAUCGAUACAUUAUGGGAAUAACUUGGCGUGUCUUUGUAUGGAAAUAUCUGCUGUCUGAAUUAUUGGAAAUCUUAUCAUGUUAACUCCCAGCCCAUUUGAUUAUCAUUUAUUCCAACAAAGGUAUCUUUUCAAUC